UAGUUUUCAAUCCAAUAAUGCUAUUCGUCCUUUCUGCUUUCAGAAGGUCAUUCAGGUCGGGAGUUUUCUGCAGGAGCCAGCAGAAGUUAAUUUGUUGCAGGUUAUACAGAAAUCUAUUUUCAACUCAUAAUACAUCCAAAAUGCCGCUGCAGAAGAUGUUUGCACGUAUGAUAUUUGAUUCUCGAGGAAAUCCCACUGUUGAGGUGGACCUCGUGACGGACCUGGGCCUGUUCCGCGCGGCCGUGCCCUCCGGCGCCAGCACCGGGGUCCACGAGGCCCUGGAGCUGCGCGACAACCAGAAGGAGCACUACCACGGCAAGGGGGUCCAGAAGGCCGUCGACAACAUCAACCAGAUCAUCUGUCCCGCGCUGCUGAAGGAGACGUUCGAAGCGCACCAGCAAGAGGAGAUCGAUGAGUUCCUUCUGAAGCUGGACGGCACCGAGAACAAGUCCAAGCUGGGGGCGAAUGCGAUCCUCGGCGUGUCUCUUGCUGUGUGCAAGGCUGGAGCCGCGAAGAAGGGCGUGCCUCUGUACAAGCACAUCGCGGACUUGGCCAAGAACCCCAACAUCGUUCUGCCGGUGCCGGCCUUCAACGUCAUCAACGGCGGCUCCCACGCGGGCAACAAGCUGGCCAUGCAGGAGUUCAUGAUCCUGCCCACCGGUGCCACCUCUUUCACGGAGGCAAUGAAGAUGGGCAGCGAGGUAUACCACCACUUGAAGAAGGUGAUCAAGGACCGGUUCGGCCUGGACGCGACUGCGGUCGGGGACGAAGGCGGCUUUGCCCCCAACAUCCUGAACAACAAGGAUGCCCUGGAGCUGAUCAUGGAGGCCAUUUCAAAGGGCGGCUACACCGGCAAGAUUGAAAUCGGGAUGGAUGUGGCUGCGUCGGAGUUCUACAAGAAUGGCUUGUAUGACCUGGACUUCAAGAAUCCCAAUAGCGACAAAAGUGCAUUCCUGACACCUGAGAAGCUGUCUGGCCUAUAUCUUGACUUUGUCAAGGAGUUUCCUCUUGUCUCCAUUGAGGAUCCGUUUGACCAAGACGAUUGGGAUUCCUGGACUAAUCUGACUGCUGGCACCAAGAUUCAGAUCGUCGGUGACGAUCUGACGGUGACCAACCCGAAGCGCAUCCAGACGGCGGUGGACAAGAAGGCGUGCAACUGCCUGCUGCUGAAGGUGAACCAGAUCGGCACGGUGACGGAGUCUAUCUGCGCGCACCAGCUGGCCAAGGCCAACGGCUGGGGCACCAUGGUGUCCCACCGGUCGGGCGAGACGGAGGACGUCUUCAUCGCGGACCUGGUCGUGGGGCUGGGCACGGGCCAGAUCAAGACGGGUGCACCGUGCCGAUCCGAGCGACUGUGCAAGUACAACCAGAUUCUUCGCAUAGAGGAGGAACUGGGGGCGGCUGCGAAGUUUGCGGGCAAGAACUUCCGCAAACCUGUCUAAAUAGUGCAGACCGCAUCCCUCUCCUUGCAUCACGUGCACCCUGAAGCUGCAGUAGGAUCAAAUGCUCCACAUUGUUAAUUUAGCUGGCAGGCUUCAAGGAAAUGUUCCAGAAUGACACAAAGACCCCUUCCUGAAAAUUAAAUGCCUGGUGGUACGCAUGUAUAUCCACUUAAUAGAAUUAAACCUGUUGGAACCUUU